UUGUAUAUAAGGAAAGAACGAACAUUGUAAUUUACAGAAUACGUCCAGACUGCUUUUGCAUUCUUACUUAUUUAUUCAACUAGAAAGCAAAAUGAAAUAUUUUUGUGUGUUACUAUUUAACUUUUUAACUUUCAGUGCUUAUGCUGCAGAUGAUAGAAAGACCAAAUCGUUAGAAUUUUACACCUGCAUAUCAUGCGCUGAAGAUAAAGCCGUCAGAGAUGAAUAUGAUCAAUGCGAAAAAUUGUUGCCGCAAUCGUGCCAAGAAUGGACGCAAAAAUGUGUGGAUGAAUCUAUACCCGAAGCUAAAUCUCCUGAAGAACAAUGGAGUGCACUUUGCAAACAACCAGAAAAAAGAGAACAGGUAUAUGAUUGCAUUAUGGACGAAUCCCGUGACGUAAAAGAUCUUUCUGAAGAAGACUUGAAACAUUUUAAAGAUUUCAUGACAUGCGCAAAGAAACUGAAAGAAAAGUACUGCAAAAGUAAUUAACAUCAAUGCAAAUGCAAUGAGCUUAUUAAAAUUGAAGGAGAUUAUUGGGAAUGCACAUGUAUACUAAUAGAAAUACUUAUAUUGUGUUUGAUAAUUUAAAUAAAAAUA